UUUCAUAUUUUUCAGGCUCGUCGUUUAGUGUCGAGUUUUAGUUUCCCAACUUUUUUCCUUUCCAUACGUUUUCGGAACCGCGAAGUUUUACCUUAUUGAUGCUUGCGGCAUUUCGGCGAAUCGAAUCUGCACAAGGACGAGAGCUAGACGAGUCCUUCCGGGAUUGCAAAGCUCCAAUAAUUCAUCCAUCUCUGGGGAUUUAACCAUCCAUUCAGAGACAGAAGAAGGAAAACAAUUUCUGGUUUUACCAGGAUCAGAUCCCAGGAUGCAUCGACGAACCACCCUGAUUGUGGGGCUGGUGAGCAACCUGUGGCUCUUCAUGGGCCUGGCCCCAACCUCCCAGGCCCUGGAUGUGAAGCCCCAUGUGCCGAAGGUUGGCGAUCAGAAGUGCCCAUCUAACAAGGCGCUUGGACAGUGCACGUGCAAGUCCCGCAGUUCCGGGCUCUACAUUGCCUGCCGGGACACGACAGAGGAAGCCAUCCUGGGGGUGCUGGACUCGAUCAAGGAGAUCAACCGAGACUCGCCAACACCGCCAUCCCGCAGUUCCGGGCUCUACAUUGCCUGCCGGGACACGACGGAGGAAGCCAUCCUGGGGGUGCUGGACUCGAUCAAGGAGAUCAACCGAGACUCGCCAACACCGCCAGAAAUUUACAGCUUGUUCGUCAUGAACACAACAUUCCCAAGGCUUCCGAUGCACUACUUCAUGGGCUUGUCUGUGAUUCAUUUCACCCUCACACAAAGCAACCUGAGUGCCAUCAGUGCAGGAGCUUUGGACUCAUUGGACAGGACAUUGUCGCAACUUUCGUUCGCCAACAACGAACUGCACAUUUGCCCCAAGUUCCCGCGCUUGUCGCAGCUGAAACUGCUCAACCUGAACCACAACAAAUUGACCAGGAUCCCGAGCAACCACUUCGAGCACCUGCCGGCUCUCACCCAACUUCUGCUCUACGAGAACCGCAUUGCGCACAUCUCUGGCAAGGCAUUCGAAGGCCUAUCCAGGAAUCUAUACAAACUGAAUUUGGGCGUGAACAAUCUGACUGCUGUUCCCACCGAGGCUCUUCGGCCACUUCAAGCAUUGCACACGUUGCAAAUAUCGGAUAACAAAAUCGAUCAGCUGCAUCAAGACGACUUCCCUGAAGAACUCGGAUCAGGUCUGGACCAGCUGGACUUGCACAGGAAUUUGUUGACGAAACUUCCGGCAAAUUCCUUCUCGAAUUUGAAAAGACUCACUUCGCUUCAUCUGAAUGAGAACCAGAUAUCUUCUUUGGAAGACGACGCUUUCGCCGGACUCGAACACUUGCAGUGGUUGUACUUGAACCACAAUCCGAUCAAAGGGGUACCAACCAGGUCAUUGCGUCCGCUGACAUCACUCAGAAGUCUGGACCUGAGAAAUUGCGAAAUCAACAACCUGUCGGCGGAUUCCUUCGAGGUUUUCUCCAAGAAUCUCCAGUACUUGCACUUGCAAUACAAUCACAUUAAAACGUUGCCGAUGGGAGUAUUCGACUUCAUGGAAUCUUUGGACCAUUUGCAACUCUACUCAAACCGCAUUGAACACGCGCCAUACGAUGUUUUCAGUGGCGUUUUAGACACAAUGGAGGUCCUCGAUUUGCACGGGAACCCCUUGGUUUGCGAUUGCGACCUGCGCUGGUACCGAGAAUGGCUGGACAAUUUCCACGCCACAGACGAUGCCGGGUUCCUGGUAGACAAAGCAACCUGCCACGUACCCAAGUAUGAGGCUGACCAGUAUGUGCACAAAGUGCCACACGAGGAUUUUGGCUGCAAAACCAGUCGUUCGGGGUCUUGGACUUCAGCAGCCAAAGGACUCAGCAGCAUUAGCGACAUCGCCUUGCCAACAACGUCGCUUCUUCUCGUCAAUCUCGCCAAAAAAAUAUUCCAUUCCUAGUUUAUUUUUGUGAAAAUUCAACAAUAAGAAAAAAGCCGGCCCUUCAGCCUUUUCCCCCACGUUCAUCGUGUCGCCAAUAUUUUCUGCUGCUGAAAAUAUCAAGACCAACGCAACUGCAAAAGUCGUCUUUCAUGCCAAAAGUUGAGAAAAUGAAUAUUUACUGUUUCUUUACCAGAUUGUAUUUCGUCCCCUCCCCAUGUCUUUUCUUUUUUUGGCACAAAAAGAUUCUUUCGAGAGAGAAAAACAAUCAGCAGCAAUCAAUACGGAUCAACCAAGUCUUUCUGAAAACGAAGAAAAUUUGCGCGGAACGGCUUUCAGAGAAAGAAAAAAAAUUAGUCCACAGAGAAACCCAGUUGCUUUCAUGGAUUAUACGGAAACUUGUUUUAUUUUAUUUUAUAAAACUGAGGAAAAAGAUAUGAGCAAUUUGUAUUGCUGUUUUUUUCCUCGCCAACAUCUCGCAGCGAGCUUUCAUUCGCCCGUUUCGUUUAGCUUGUUUCAAAACGACGUCCUGAAUCAAAAAAGAGUAUAUUGCAUGAAUUUCAAGCGAAUCAAGAAUGAUUUGCUUGAAAAGAAAAAAAAUCACACGAUGUUAAAGGGGAAAAAAAAGAUCGUCUUUCUGCGUAUCAGGGAUUUUAUUGAUUCUUAUUUUAUUCUCUCGUUUUCCCCAAUUCAGAAAAUGCCAUGCAUUGAAAAUCGCUUGUGCUUUAUUUUCUCGCAAAAAAAAUUUAAUACCAAGCGCAUGUUUUUUUUUUUUGCUGUUCUCUUCGUGCUUGGAAACCAUCAUGGUCAUCAACGAAGUUACCUCCAGGAAAGGAUUUUACCAAAACAGAAAAUGGAAAACCAAAAAUUUGCCAAUUUAUAUAUCUCCCGAAAUUUCAUUCUGGUUCGACUAAUUUUUAAAACAGAAAAGGGACAAACUUUUUUUCGACACGCAGAUUGCUGCUUUAUCGCUUAUUGUGAUCCCGAGUGCAAAAAAAAAAAAUGAAAAAAGGAAAAAAAAUAUUUCGGGGGGUGUUUGCGUUUUAUUUGAAAAGAAGAAAAACGUUGUUGCUGGGAAGCGAUUUUGAAGGUGGAUCCAUUCUGGUCAAACCGUUGUUCUUGUCUUAAGAUCUCUUCGAUGUGUAUAAAUUGCUUUGCGUUAUUUGAAUAAACGAAUGAAUGAAUCGGAUCUCUCGGCAAAUAUUGUAUUCAAAAGAUGGAUGACUGCGAGAAAAGCGUUUUCCCCCAUGUUUUGUGGAAGAGCGAUUGAUGAUAUUUCAAUUGGAAUUUGAUGCUUGGAUUGUUUCUGAGAGUGAGUGGAAAUUGAAGAUGUGGAAGAAUAAACGGACUUUUUGGGGUGUGGGAAGCAGAUACACACAAA